AUGAGGAGGAGCAGAAGGAGCAGAAGAAGAAGGAGAAGCAGAAGCAAAAGGAGGAGGAGAAGGAGAAGGAGUAGCAGAAGGAGGAAAAAGAGGAGGAAAAUAGGGAAAAUUAGGAGAAAGGAGGAGGAGGAGGAGAUGGAAAAGCGAACGAAGAAGAAGCAGAAGAAGCAGAAGAAGGAGGAAGAGGAGAAGGAAGAUGAGAAGGAGAAGAAGAAGCAGAAGGAGGAGCAGAAGGAGGAAAAGGGGGAAAAUGAGGAGAAAGGAGGAGGAGGAGGAGGAGGAGGAGGAGAAGGAAAAGUGGUGGCCCGUGAGGGAAGGAGGAAGGAGGGAAAACGAGUGGCGGUUAGACCGACUAUGUUGUAUGGGGUGGAGCAUUGGGCUCAUGUCCAGAAGAUGAAAGUAGUAGAAAUGAGGAUACUGAGAUGGAUGUAUAGGCAUACCAUCAGGGAUAAGAUUAGGAACAAAGAUAUUCGGGACAAGGUGGGAGUGGCCCCUGUGGUGGACAAUAUUCAGGAAGGGAGGUGGAGAUGA